AAAGAGGAGCUGGACCCCCUACACAACAACAACAAAAUCUGCGCGCUCGGGGCCGGCGCCGCUGCCGUCGUCCCGCCCUCCUGCCACCUGCCGCCGCCUCCGCCCUAGGGGUCAGUUGGAGAGCUGGGCCGCGCCCUUUGGCCAACUUCUCUGACUGCUACCCGCUCCGCCUCGCGAGACCCGGGGUGGGCCGUGCCGGCCUCCGCGGAGCAGCAAGAAGGGAGCGGCCGCCGCCGAGAACGCCCGCCCCGACUGUGCUGUUGGCCGCCCUGUUGGGCGCGGAGGGCGGCGGUGGCGGGCCCUGCUGCCGUGUCUCAGUCCGGAGCCAGGCGGAGCCCGGACCUGGCGGGGAGAGCUGCACCCACGGCCGGGCACCCAGACCCCGCCGCCGCCGCCACCACCACCACCGUCUCUGUCCAUCCUUGGUACUGGCAAUGGCCUUCGUAUCGCCCGAUGCACUCGUGACUGAAUUGAACACAGAAUACUAAGAACUCACUUCCGUCCCCAUCCUAGCCGCGCCGGCGGUAAACACUUCGGCUCAUUAGGGCUCAUUGCUGCUCCUCUUUGACCGUCCGACUUUGGGGCACCAUGGACCAAAGUGGGAUGGAGAUUCCUGUGACCCUCAUCAUUAAAGCACCGAAUCAGAAAUACAGUGACCAGACUAUUAGCUGCUUCUUGAACUGGACCGUGGGGAAACUAAAAACGCAUCUAUCUAACGUGUACCCUAGCAAACCAUUGACGAAGGAUCAGAGAUUGGUUUAUUCUGGCAGACUGCUUCCUGAUCAUCUGCAGCUGAAAGACAUUCUCAGAAAACAAGAUGAGUAUCAUAUGGUUCAUCUAGUUUGUACUUCUCGGACUCCUCCCAGUUCUCCAAAAUCCAGUACCAACAGAGAAAGUCGGGAAGCGUUGGCAUCCAGCAGCAAUUCUAGUUCAGAUCAUUCAGGAUCAACAACUCCAUCAUCCAGUCAAGAAACUUUGUCGUUAGCUGCCGCGUCUUCCUCUGAAGGAUUGAGGCAGCGUACCCUUCCACAAGCACAAACUGACCCAGCACAGUUUCCAUAUGUAAUGCAAGGAAACAUAGACAACCAGUUUCCUGGACAAGCUGUAGCACCUGCAAUCCCAGUGUAUCCUGCUUUCAGCCCACUGCAGAUGCUGUGGUGGCAACAGAUGUAUGCUCAUCAGUAUUAUAUGCAAUAUCAAGCUGCAGUUUCAGCUCAGGCCACAUCAACUGCUAACCCAGCCCAGCCUGCUGUAUCACAGCCUCUAAAUUUGCCACAUGUUCCUGGAGAAGAACCCCCACCACCCCCAAACCUUGUGGCCCAAGAAAAUCGACCCAUGAAUGAGAAUGUUCAAAUGAAUGCACAGGGAGGUCCAGUGCUAAAUGAAGAAGACUUCAAUCGUGACUGGCUAGACUGGAUGUACACAUUCUCACGUGCUGCCAUUCUCCUUAGCAUUGUUUACUUCUAUUCUUCUUUUAGUCGGUUUAUCAUGGUAAUGGGAGCCAUGCUACUGGUUUAUUUACACCAAGCUGGAUGGUUUCCUUUUAGGCAAGAAGGAGGUCAGCAACAGGCUCCCAACAACAUUGAUGUUAACAAUGAUGGGCAAAAUGCAAACAACUUAGAACUUGAAGAAAUGGAGCGCCUUAUGGAUGAUGGGUUUGAUGAUGAGAGUGGAGAAGAUGGAGGUGAAGAUGUCGGUGCAAUUCAAAGGCCUGGAUUAAUAGCUUCAGCUUGGUCUUUUAUCACCACCUUCUUUACGUCACUAAUACCAGAGGGGCCUCCCCAGGUUGCCAAUUAGACCUGAAAAACUGUGCCUGCAGCAAAGGAGGGUCUGACUUUAGGAAAGUGGUUUAAAUAACAGUGCAAUUUCAAAAAAAAAUUUAUAACUUUCUUUUGAUCAUCAUGUACAGAGGUGUUCUUUUCUUUAAGCUCCUCAUAUGAAUAUUUUAAGCACAAAUGGACUACUAAAUGUGUGAUUUUUUUUUUUUUUUUUUUUAAAGAUCCUAACAGAACAUAGCAUAACAAUAUUGGUCUUCCAGGUUUUUUUUUUUUUUUAAUUUCAAUUAUGUGUAGUGUAUCAAGACAGACUUACUUGGGCAUAUUAUUUCUUUAAAGAGCUGCUUCAACUAUAAAUGUCUAUAGCUAGUAGCCCAGCCCUUCAAUGUGUAAUUUGAAUAAAUAUAUCUAUUUUCUGUGAAUUAUCCUGAAAGUUUUAAACAGAAUGACCUCAUAGUUUUUAAUAAAGAAUAUUAUUUACCUAAAAUGUGCUAGUAGCAUCUUGCCCAGCCAUAAGCAAUAAACUUGUCAAUAAUCUUAAUUUUGACAUUUCAAUAAAUGAUGGAAACUUUCUAUUUUAAGGGCAUGUAUCCCAUCUGUUGGAAUUAGUACUUUAAAAAGAAAAAAAGGCAGCUCUUCAGUGGAAUUAACAGUGAUAUAAAAUGUUUGAUACAGGCAGUACUUUUAUAAAAAAAAUGCCAGAAAUUGCUCCCUGUAAUUUUUUAAAUAAAAAGUCAAUUAUGAAUUAUGGUAAA